AUUAGAACUAUCAAUUAAAUGAAAACCAUUCUCAUAAAACUCACUCUACGGGACUCACUCUAGCGAAUGAAUAAGUUGAUUAGAUGCGAUCUUAAUAUCAUAUAAGAUAUAAUACUAGUCAUCCGACAUGAAAGCAGGUAAGCAUUUUCUUUUAUCAAAAUCUUUAUAUCUUGUUUCUGUUAUGAAAUGGAAAAGUACAUGACUAAUUGUAUCAAACAGAAUCACAAUAAAGAAAUAUGCAAAUGAACAAAUCAACGAAAAAUCAAACAAUGACCCCUCCUCGAACACGCUAAGCAUUGAUUGAAUGAAAUAAAACAAAAGAGGAAAAAAUAAAAACAAAAAAGAAGAAACAUAAAUUGAGGGAGUAUAAUUUCAAGAGACAUAAAUGAGGGUGCCAUAUAUUUACGUGCCUCCUUUUCCUUGCUUUCCUUGAAUUCUUCCCCUCCAUCCGCCCGCCCAACUUCUAAACCAUUAAUACUCCAUUAAACACACCCGCUCUUCCUCAAAAGUAAUUUAAUGAAACAAUUAAUCUCAAAUCAAACACCAUUAGUUUUCUUUAUCAAAAAGUUUCUUUUGCAUUCAUAGCCGCUAACCAUAUUUACUGGUCUCAUUAUGUCAAACAUUUUCACCCUCUCUCUUAAUAUCUUCCCAUUUCUAGUUCUUUUUUUUUAAAUAAGAAACUACAAUUUAAAAGUGACUAAAUUACUAAAUUCACAAUCUUUAACGGGUAGCGGGCCAUGAACACGUUGUAUGGUAACGGCCAGAGGCACUUGUCAUGUGAAAUCAUACGGGGUUGGUGGUCAUAAACAAGCUCGGUGCAUGACAACGGUUACGAAUACAGGUCAUGUAAAAUAAUAAAUGAACAGAUACAGCAUGUCAGACAAUAGUUAUGAGUUGCAGGUGAAGAUGAGAAGACCAACCAUUUUAAGUCAUGGGUCGCUCUAUGACAGUCGAUAAGUUGAUUUGGAUUUGUAAUUGACAUUAUAUUACAUUGUUUCCCUUUCAAAACUAAUUCACAACCGGAGGAUAAUAUUGAAUGAUGAUCACCUUGUAAACUUCAAAUGUGGCUAAUAGACAUAUUUUUAUUCGAAAAAAGCUCACAAAGGCAGUGCAAUACCAAUUUAAAAUUUCCUCACUAAUUGAGUUGUGAAAACAAAUCAAUCAAUCCAAAUUUUUGACACUCUAAUCAUGCUAACAUCACCAAGGGAGAAGCACUAUGAAUCUAUGAUGACUAUUUAGUAUUUACAAACAAAUCCCCCCCAAGCAAUGAAUGGAGACUUCCGUAUUGAAUUUACUAUAAUAUUCUUCACAUCUUAGAAUUCAAUAUUUUGCGCGUUUAAUUUUUGAACAAUAAAGAAAAAACAAUGAGUUGACAUGUUAGGAUAAUGAAUUUUGUUUACAUUGUCUUUUCAUAUAUUUCUAUUUAAUUGUUGGGUUUUUCUUUUUUCCCGAUUAAUUAUUAUUUGGACUUCUCAUAAUACCAUUUCCAUAUAACACGUUAGUAAUUGCGAUAAGAUAUAUACCAAAAAAAAAAAAAAAAAAAACACGUACGUAUCCCCUUCGCUAUUUAUUACUCAAAUCCUUCCGUUCAUUUCCUUCUCUUCUUUUCCUCCAACUCUCUCCCUCUAUCCCUUCUCUCUCUCCCUCUCUCUCUCUCUCCCAAAACCAAAAGGAAGAAGAAGCCUUUCACCAAGCAGAGUUCCAUAUGGCGGCCGAUGUUAGCCACCUUGUCAGGGGUAUGAGCGCCUACAAGGACGAUCGGGCUGUCGGCGCCGGCGAACCCUCUCUGAUUACAAGGGAUUUGCUCGGAGGCGGCGGCAGUACUAGCUCCGCCGUCGGUGGGUCGGACGGCAAUGAGUUUCAGGAAUUGGACCUCGACGUCCAAGUCCCCGCUGGCUGGGAAAAGCGCCUCGAUUUAAAGACAGGGAAGGUGUACUUGCACAGAAGCAACGCAUCAUCAGCCUCGCCGUCGUCCUUCUCCUCCGACCACCGCCACAAGCUCAGCCAAACGUUCCCCAAGCUCCAGGAUUUGAACUUCCCGCCGUCGCCAUCGAGAAUCACGCUCAACCUCUUCGACGAGAGCAGUCUGGAGCUGAAACUGACCGCCGCGGCAGCAGCCAACUACCAAAGCGUCUGCACUCUUGACAAAGUCAAAUCAGCGCUUGAGAGGGCGGAGAGGGAUCCCGUCCACGCCGCGGUGGCGGGAAGGAAACGGUUCCCGGCGGGGAAGUCGUCCCUGUCCCCUUCUUACUCCUCCUCGUCGUCGUCUCUGUUUCUGGCUUCAGGGGAGGAAGAAACAGAGGAAGCAGCUUCCCCUGUGGCGGCGGGAUGCCCUGGGUGCUUGUCGUACGUGCUGAUCAUGAAGAACAACCCCAAGUGUCCGAGGUGUAACUCGGUUGUCCCGAUGCCGGCGAUGAAGAAGCCGAGGAUCGACCUCAACAUCUCCAUUUGAAGGCGGCGGCGUUUCUUUUUUGUACAUGAAUAGAUAGGAGGAAUUAAGAUUUAGGAAUUAAGGCAGGCAGGGGAUGGAUUAUUAAGGGACAGCAAAAGGGUAUAUUAGGAGGGAGGGAAGUGGGUAUAAGAAAGACAAGGAUUUUAAUUAUUAUGAUGGUUAGUUAAUGCAUAUAAACAAUGGUUAUGGAGUUACAAUGUUGGGUUUAGCAUAUGUUUUUUAGGGUUUAUUCAUCGUUCUUUCUGGGAUUUCCUCUGCUUUUUUUUUUUUUUUUUUUUGCUAUUGAAGUUUGUUUGUUGAGAAGGUGCGGGUGCAUUUAGAUAUUUGGUCCUAGAUUGCGUUGCAGGUGUGGAGACGUGGGCAAAAUCCUCGUAAGAGUAGCAGUUGCAGUUCCAGUUUACUUUACAGGGUGUGGAAGGUGAAAAAUAAUAAAUUGAAUAACAUUAAUACAAAAAAGUGGCAGGGGAGUAAUAAAUCAGUUGGAUUUGAAGUGAGUUAUAUUAUGUCAUAGCCAUGCAUGGAGUUGGAGAAUUUACGUUCUAGCUAGUCAAUCGCUACUUGAAACUAAAUUGUACCAAAGGUUGCUUCGGAGCCAUUCUAUUGUUAUGGUUAUCAUUGUUUUUAAUAUGUUUUAUAUCGAUUUGGUUUCAUAAUUCCAGAAAAUUCAUGCGGGACUUUUGACGGUACGUCUCCAAGCAAAUUCGAAUUUACUCAAUGCCCUAGCUUAUAACGACAAUGUCAUGUGUAUUUGGUUAUGAUCAUAUUCGCGUUUAAAUUAACAGUAACAAAACUAAUGAUGAAAACAACUUAUCUGUAAAACUGAAAAAAAAUAGAGUUAUGCUAAUUACUCAAAUCUUUUCCAUAAGUAAUUAUGCAACGAAUUUCCUUGCAAAUGCAAGACACCAUGAAGAGAUGGAGUUAGGUGGCGAGUAGUAGGGUUUAGAGACUAAAUUUAAGUAUAUGUACCCAUCAAUGAUACCAAACUUAGGAUGCUCAAUUCGAUCGAAUUUUGUCUAUUGUAUUGUACACAUUUGUUUGAUUGUAAUGAACCCAUGUCUUAUCUACUCUUAUCUACCCAACUACUACAGCACUACUGCAAAAAUUAUCAUACUCUAUAAGCCUUUUGUUCGAUCUGUAAAUUUAUAAUGACAAGUAUGAUACAUUUGCAUUCUUUUGCACAUGAAAACAAGGUAGCUACAGCCAUCUUGUUUUUGUGUUAGCUCUCUACCAUAGCUAGCUUCUUGACAGUCUUUAUGUCCAUAAUGGUUUUCAGAAGCCUAUUUUAGCCAAAAAAAAUUUCCCUUUUCCGGGGAGGGGACGGGGAAGUAAAAAUGCCCAUACAGAAAAGUAUAGGAACUGAAGUAAAGGGUGAGAGAAGAAGCCAAGCAGUAAUGGAAUUAAUGCAAAGGGAUGGGGACGUAUAUCCAUGAACUAUUAUGAUAGAAUACUUUCACAGUUUCAAAAGUGUAUUUAUUAUUAAUUGAUUUGCUGACCCAAUUCAUGUAUGUUAUCUAGACCAAUAAAUAUCCAUCUAUGCAUGUUUUCACUCCAUAAUAAACUGUUUUGUUCUAACAAACGAGUUCUUUGAAAGCCAACUUAGAAGAACCAUAACCAACACACAAAAAAAAAACCCAUCAUUUUGGUACACAAUCUGAUGAGGAGGAUGUAUAUAAAUGUAUGAAAAGUGCUUGCACCCACUUCAGUACUAUUCUGCACUUGGGUUUCAAUUCAAAUGAUGAAGAGAUAGAGGGAGAGAUGUAUAAUAAUAUUUGCUGUUUGUUGCUGUUAAAUGUAGUUGGGCUUUGAAAGAGUGUGGUGGUGGUGGUGCAUGACUCAUGAAGGCUAAUUAUGGCCAUUUACUACACCCAAAUUCAUUUAAUAUUACCUAACAUCACCAUAAAUGAGAAAUUAAUGACUUUGCUCUUU